AUGUCAGACGAAAUCGAACCUCAUAUAUUAAAAAGAUAUGAGAUAAUGAGAAAGAUAGGAAAAGGUGCUUAUGGAGUGGUAAUAAAAAUAAUGUAUAAACAAAGGUAUGGAAAGCGAUAGACAAAAGAUGUAAGAACACAUGUGUAGCAUUGAAAAAAAUAUUUGAUGCAUUUUAAAAUGCUACAGAUGCUCAAAGAACAUUUAGGGAGAUUAUGUUCCUUUAUGAAUUGGAUCAUCAAAAUAUAAUAAAACUAUACAAUGUGCAUCGAGCAGAAAACAAUAAAGAUAUAUAUUUGGUUUUUGAACAUAUGGAAACAGAUUUACAUGCUGUAAUUCGAGCAGGUAUAUUGGAGGAGGUUCAUAAACAAUAUAUAAUAUAUCAAAUACUUAAAAGCAUUAAAUAUAUGCAUUCAGCAGAAUUAUUGCAUAGAGAUUUGAAACCUUCAAAUAUUCUGUUAAAUAGUGAUUGUUCUGUAAAAGUUGCUGAUUUUGGUUUAGUGAGAUCAGUAGCAUGUCGUUAAGAUGAGCCAUCUCCAAUAUUGACUGAAUAUGUAGCAACAAGAUGGUACAGAGCCCCUGAGAUUUUAUUGGGAUCUCAUACAUAUACAAAAGGAGUAGAUAUGUGGAGUAUUGGUUGUAUAUUAGGUAUAAAUAAUCAAGAUAAAUAAAAGGUGAAUUAUUAACAGGAAAGCCAAUAUUUCCUGGGAAUUCGACAUUAAAUUAGUUGAAUAGGAUUUUAUAAUUAACAGGAAAGCCUUCAUUUGAAGAUGUUGAAGCAAUAUAAAGUCCUUUAGCUCAAACAAUGUUAGAGGCAAUCAAUCCUCCAUAAGUGAAACCAAUUCAUGAAUUAUUUCCAACUGCAAGUGAUGAUGCUCUAGAUUUAAUGUAUCGUUUAUUAAAAUUUAAUCCAAAUACUCGACUCACAGCAGAAUAAGCUCUAGCUCAUCCAUAUUUUUCAAAGUAUAAUAUUCUAUUUCUAUGUAUAGAUUUCAUAGUGAAGAAGAUGAACCAAAAUCAGAUAAGAUAAUCACCUUAGCAAUUGAUGAUAAUCAGAAGUUCUCUGCAAAUGAAUAUAGAGAUAAACUCUAUGAAGAAAUUGCUACACGCAAAAGAUACAGUAUUAGAAAUUAAGAAGAUUUAAAUUCAUAAUUACAUUCUCCUCCACCUGUUUCAGAUUCUAAUCAAUUAAGAGAAAGACCAUAAACUUAAGAAGUUAAACCAUAAUAAUAAUAAGACAGUGCUAAAUUAUAGGAUUCUGCUAAAUAGUAAUAAGAUUCAGCUAAGUAUUAUGAUUCAGCCAAAUAAUAAUAAGAUCCACUUAAACAAAGGAAUUCAGGUCAAUCUAAAUCUAAAUAACCAAAGUUAGUCCAAUCUGCUUUAAAUGGACUUAUCAAUCCUAGAUAAAACUCUAAUAAACCAACUAAACAAUUCUUAUAGACUUAACAAUAACCUAAUAAAACUUAUGCUCCAUCUUUUCCUAAUACAUCAUCAAUUACUAUUUAAAAGAAUGUCUCAUAUACAUAAACAGAACCCAAAGUCACAUCUCAGCAACUUUAUCAAUAAUAUUAUAAAUUAUUAAAUGCAGCAUAAGAAAAACUUUCACUCAAUUAAGAAACUGCUUCAAAUUAAUAAAAGGUCAAAAAAGGUCUUAGUGCUUUGUUGGGAUCAAAUUAAAGUUUAAAUAGAUAGUCUCAACACAAAUAGAAAAAGUGAACUUAUAAAAUAUUCAUCAUCC